AUUGGUGGGUUAAUGUUCAAUACAAACAAAUUUAUAUAAAUAUUACUUAUCCCAAUGUGGAAGGAGAAGAGAAAAAGAAAAAAAACAAAAAAGAAAAAAAGUGAGUUUUAUGGGUGUUCCAAUCUGUAAUUCCGACAUCUCUUUGUUUAAGGGUCCAUUACAACCUUAAAAUUUAUAAAUAUAUAUAUUUUUGUAUAUUUGAAUUUAACUGCAACGGAAAAGCGAGGGAAAGGCAAAUAGAGGGUAAGCGUUUUCUCACAAGUGAAGGCAAAAUUACAAAGGAAAAAGGGCGGAUCAAUCUUUUUCUGCUUGUCGCGGUCUUGUGACAAAAUAUACGACCUAGCUGAUACUUUUCUCCUCGUUCUAAGAGUAUCAAGUUUCAACUGACUAAAGGCUAUUGCCACCUGAAUCAGUUUUUAAGGAAAGAUGAAACGCCGCCGUGGAUGCAAAAAAGGUAAAGCAAAGAAGCCUCGUAUAACAGGUACAACUGAGGGAGCAUCUAAUAAUGGUAGCAUGAAUACAGAAACUAGUUCUGGUACGGAAGAGAUUGACAAUGAUGGAGUCAACUCUGGCGUUGAGGCUGAGACACCAUCUUCUACAGGAACUGAUCAACCAGAAAAACCUGUGAUGGCUAGUCCUGCUGUGCCAAGGGAUAAACCUGCCGGUUUAGCGGUUUAUGGGCGUAUGAAAGUGAAGAUCAAAACAUCGAAAACGGUAGAUGCUCCGCUUACUUCUCCAGAAGUAGCUACUCACAGUGAUACUGAUAAAAGUAGCCAGCAAGCUGGUCCAGAAAAACAAGUUCUCUCUAAUGAGAAAAUGGAAGAUAGUGCAAACUCAGUGCCUGAGGCUAAUGUAACUACCCCAGGAAAUGUGCUAAAAAAAUGUGGAGGCAUAAAGAUUAAGUCUUCAUCAAAGGGCUUCUCUUCAAGCAUGAGCCCUGUUAGCAAUGCUGAAAUGGUGAAGGAAGAGAAAACAACAAAACAAGAGCCUGAGUUACUUCACCGUGAUGUGAGAUUAAACAAGCAGGAACUAAACAUUGCUUUGGAGGUUAUAAGAAAAAUUAUGAAAAUGGAAGCUGCUGAGCCCUUCAAUACUCCGGUUGAUCCUAUUGCUCUUGGAAUUCCUGAUUAUUUUGAUGUUAUCGAUACACCUAUGGAUUUUGGGACGAUAUGUAGAAAUCUGGAAAGUGGUGUCAAGUACAUGAACUCCGAGGACGUCUAUAAGGAUGUGCAGUACAUAUGGAAUAACUGCUACAAGUAUAAUAAUAAAGGUGAUUAUGUUAUGGAUCUCAUGAAGCGGGUGAAAAAGAACUUCGCAAAGUACUGGACAGCAGCUGGCUUAUACAGUGAUCAUCUGCAAAGUGCUGAAAGCAGUCAAGUUAAGGACACUACACCUUCAAGUAAUGGAAAGGAACCUACAAAAAGUGGUUCUUUGACUCAGAAAAGCAACAAAAGGUUCCAAGGGCUCAAGAAGCACAAGGAAGGAUGUCUUUGUGCUAUAUGUGUGAUGAUACGGCGGAGGCAGGAGCGGGAGGAGAUCAAUCGGUUGUUGGAUGACCAAGUCGAGGCUAGUGAUGAUUCUCCAGAUGACUUGAAGCCUGAGGAAACUUCACCUGUAGAAAGUCGAGAGUACACCUCAUCAAAUAUGGAGAACUCACCAGAGCAAGAUGUUGUCACCAUUAUGCAAGAAAAAGGAGCAGAGAAGCUAGGGGAAGGUAUGGGGAAUGAAAUGGGAAUCCAAAGUAAAAGAACGGGGGUCAUGUCUGAGCAUUUGCAGUCAGGUUAUGCAUCUGUAGAUGAACGCAAAGCAAAUAAUCAGAAGCAAAAUGUGGAGCCAGGUUUGCUGAAUGACAAUCGAAAAGGAAAUCUGCAGCAUGGGAAUGAAAAUGCUGCAACUGGGCAACAGAGGCCAAAGGAAGUGCUAGAUAAGUAUCGGAAAGCCAAGAUGUUGGAGAACUUGCGUUAUCUGGAAAAUCCAACAGUUAUGGAGUUAUCUCGAAUCCUUUUUGCUGAUGAUCAAAGAUCCGUCUGGAAUGGACCACAUUCACUGGUUAAGCGUGGAGGUUCCACCCGCAAGAGCUCCAUUCAUGCAGCUGUUUCCUUGUUGAUGCAGUAGGUUUAUUCUUAAUAGUAUUGACUGAUCAAAAUGUGAAUCUCAAGUUCUCUUUAAAAGGUCAACGGCAUAGUUGGUUCUCUCUUUUUUUUUUCCUGGAGGUGUCAUGUGGUCGGUUGAGUGUAUUUUGAGGGUGAUUUGCUUCUCUCUCUCUUUUGGGGGGAGGGUUGAAAUUUGGAUCUUUUGAUUGUAAAUUCACUCCUAUAUCAGGACUAGAUUGUCAGGCAUUUACUGUUCAGGAAUAAUGAUAUAAUACAUUUCUAUUCA